UUCUCUCUUAACCGCGGCCAGACGGGGGAGCCGAUACAAAAGGGGUUCCCGGAGGCUGCCGGCAGCAGUCGCGGCGGCCUCUCCUGCUCCGUUCGGAGAGCCGAGAUGGACUCCAGCGGCGAGAGCCACGAGCUGAACGGGCGGGCGGAGGGAGCGGAGCCGGCGGUGGUCGAGCGGUACAGACCAUCACAGUGGUUUCAGAGAAAUGGACCUAUGAAUAUCAACCACUACGCAAACAAGAAGAGCGCUGCGGAGAGCAUGCUGGACAUUGCUCUGCUGAUGGCCAAUGCAUCACAGCUGAAAGCUGUGAUUGAGCAAGGACCUUCUUUUUCAUUCUACAUGCCCCUUAUUGUUCUUAUCAGCCUGUCGCUCACAAUGCAAGUUAUGGUGGGAGUACUCCUGAUAUUCCUUGUAAAAUAUGACCUUAACAACCCUGCAAAACAUGGUAAGCUGGAUUUCCUCAACAACCUCGCAACCGGACUAGUAUUCAUUAUAGUUGUUGUGAACAUUUUCAUCACUGCCUUUGGAGUUCAGAAGCCAGGUGUCAAGUCAGAGUAAAGGCAGUAAGUACAAGAGAUCUGAAGCAUUCGUUCUUCUAUAGAUGCCAUUUGCAUGUGGGCCAGCUACACUUGGACACAUUAAAAAAAAAAUCUGAAGAAGCCAGACACACAGAGCAGCUUUCUCAGGUUUCCAACAAGCAACACAUCUGUGUACCUGGAGUUUUCCAAUGUGUUAAUACUUCAAUUGGCAUCUAAGGAAAGAUUGCUUUUGACCCAAGGACACUGCUUUUCCAGGGAUUGGCAUUUCAAUUUGUAGAUAAUUUUUCAGAAAAGUGGCAUAAACAGGUAGCAUUGACCGAUGGGACUUCACACAUUUCAAGACUUCCCAUUUCUGUGCCUUUUGCUUUUACAGUGACUUGACAUUUACACAGUGGUAAGAAGCUGCAGGCCUCCAGUCUGGCACGUUCCCAUUGUCCUUCAUUUCAUCCACUUGGUACCUAUGCUGCCUGUAGCACAGCAGUUUUCCCUUGCAUUUUUCCAAGGUAGCUGUGUCUUGUUUUCUGUCCCUCUCCGAGUUUCAUUCUUUAACUAAAACAGCGCUACACCUAGAAGCAGUAGACUAUCUUUUGGCCAGUUUUUCCUCACAGGUAGUCCUGCAUUCUGUUUCUUCAUUUCUGGACCACAGUUAAAGCUCUCUUCUGUCUGCACAGACACACAGAUAACCUCACUGCUCCAUCACUUAUUCCUAUACUCCAUUUUUUCUGUGUGAUUCUGUAAUGGCCGAAAACUGGAGCAUAGGAAGUUCCGCACCAAUGUGCGCAGGA